AUGGAGAUAAACAACGUCAGUACUGAGGUCAAUGGACAUCAGAUCAUGGAUGAGCCCAUGGAGGAGGGGGAGUGUUACACGCACUGUGAUGAAGGGACCUAUAAGGAGAUUCCUAUCACUCAUCAUGUGAAAGAGGGGUGUGAGAAAGCAGAUCCAUCGCAGUUUGAACUCCUCAAGGUUCUGGGUCAGGGCUCUUUUGGGAAGGUAUUUCUGGUAAGAAAAAUUGUGGGUCCAGAUGCCAGUCAGUUAUAUGCAAUGAAAGUUUUAAAAAAGGCAUCGUUGAAAGUCAGGGACAGAGUUCGCACCAAGAUGGAGAGAGACAUCUUAGUGGAGGUCAAUCAUCCCUUCAUAGUGAAAUUGCACUAUGCCUUUCAGACGGAAGGGAAACUGUAUUUAAUACUGGACUUUCUCAGGGGAGGAGAUGUAUUCACUCGCUUAUCCAAAGAGGUUAUGUUUACAGAGGAAGAUGUGAAAUUCUACCUUGCAGAGCUGGCCCUGGCCCUUGACCACCUGCACAACUUGGGCAUAGUUUACAGAGAUCUCAAGCCAGAGAAUAUCUUACUUGACGAAGCUGGGCAUGUAAAGUUAACAGACUUUGGCCUGAGCAAAGAGUCAGUGGAUGCUGAUAAGAAGGCUUAUUCUUUCUGUGGUACGGUGGAGUAUAUGGCCCCUGAGGUGGUCAACAGGAGAGGACACACACAGAGUGCUGACUGGUGGUCGCUGGGUGUACUAAUGUUUGAGAUGCUCACGGGGACGUUACCAUUCCAAGGGAAAGACCGCAAUGAGACCAUGAACAUGAUUCUCAAAGCAAAGCUAGGAAUGCCUCAGUUCCUUAGUUUGGAAGCACAGAGUUUGCUAAGGAUGCUGUUUAAACGAAACCCCACAAACAGACUAGGGGCUGGACCUGACGGCGUGGAAGAGAUCAAACGCCACGCUUUCUUCUCCACCAUCGACUGGAAUAAACUAUACAGGAGAGAGUUGCAACCCCCAUUCAAGCCUGCGGCUGGUAAACCAGACGACACAUUCUGUUUUGACCCAGAGUUCACUGCAAAGACGCCAAAGGAUUCCCCAGGUAUCCCUCCCAGUGCAAACGCCCACCAGCUCUUCAAAGGCUUCAGUUUUGUUGCUCCCACGCCAAUGGAUGAGAACAAGAGUUCCCCGCUCCUCAGUAUACUCCCAAUAGUGCAGAUGCAUGGGGGGUCCAAAUUUUUGGACCUGUACGAACUGCAGGAGGACAUUGGAGUUGGUUCCUACUCAAUUUGUAAACGCUGUGUUCACCGAAUCUCUGCCAUGGACUAUGCUGUGAAGAUUAUAGACAAAAGUAAGCGGGACCCUUCUGAGGAGAUUGAAAUCCUGAUGCGAUACGGGCAGCAUCCCAACAUCAUUACGCUGAAGGAUGUGUAUGAUGAAGGCAGGUAUGUUUACCUGGUGACUGAGCUGAUGAAAGGGGGGGAACUGCUAGACAAGAUCCUCAGGCAGAAGUUUUUCUCUGAGCGAGAGGCCAGUGCUGUGCUUUACACCAUCACCAAGACUGUUGACUACCUCCAUUGCCAAGGGGUAGUACAUCGAGACCUGAAGCCCAGCAACAUCCUGUAUAUGGACGACUCUGGGAAUCCAGACUCAAUCAGGAUCUGCGACUUUGGUUUUGCAAAGCAGCUUCGAGGGGGCAACGGCCUGUUACUAACACCUUGCUAUACCGCUAACUUUGUGGCACCAGAGGUACUAAUGCGGCAAGGUUAUGACGCAGCCUGUGAUAUAUGGAGUCUUGGAGUUCUGUUAUAUACAAUGUUGGCUGGGUACACCCCUUUUGCAAAUGGGCCAAAUGACACACCAGAGGAGAUUCUUCUUCGAAUAGGCUCUGGGAAGUUUUCUUUGACAGGCGGUAACUGGGAUACUGUAUCAGACACCUCGAAGGAUCUCCUGUCCCACAUGCUCCAUGUGGAUCCUCACCAGCGAUACACGGCAGAGCAGGUUCUAAAGCAUUCCUGGAUUUCCUGCAGAGAUGCACUGCCACACUUCCAGCUUACACGCCAUGACGCACCACACCUCGUCAAGGGAGCCAUGGCUGCCACUUAUUCAGCGCUGAGCCAGAAGACAAGCCAGCAGCCCGUGCUCGAACCCGUAGCUGCAUCCAGUUUAGCCCAGCGACGCAGCAUGAAGAAACUCACCUCAACGGACAUGUAG